AUGGAGUGUAGACCUUUAGAUCUCACGAUCAUAUCCGCAGAGGAUCUCAAAGACAUCCAAUUGAUCGGCAAGCAAGACUUAUACGCCGUCGUUUCGAUCAACGGCGACGCGAGGACCAAGCAGAAGACGAAGGUGGACAAAGACUGCGGGACGAAACCUAAAUGGAAACAUCAGAUGAAGCUCACCGUCGACGACGCGGCGGCGCGUGAGAAUCGUCUCACCUUAGUGAUCGAGAUCGUUGCUGAUCGUCCCAUCGCCGGUGAUAAACCCGUCGGAGAGGUUAGCGUUCCGGUGAAGGAGCUUUUGGAUCAGAACAAAGACGGAGGCGGCGAGGAGAAAACGGUGACGUACGCCGUGAGGUUACCUAACGGUAAGGCCAAAGGAUCUCUCAAAUUCUCGUUUAAAUUCGGUGAAAAGUAUACUUAUGGAUCGGCGAGUGCUCCUCACGCGCCGGGUCCGUCGACUCUGGAUCAUAAGACCAUGGAUCAGCAUCCGGUUACUGCUUACCCGCCCGGACAAGGUGCCACGUCUGCAUAUCCACCAGGUCCUUCCGGAUAUCCACCACCAGGACAUGAUGAUAAACACGGUGGUGGUGCUUACGGUUAUCCACCAGCUGGUGGAUAUCCGCCACCUGGCGGACCGGUUGGAUAUCCUCCAGCUGGGCCUGGUGGGUAUCCACCACCAGGAGGUGCAUACCCGCAGCACGGAUAUCCACCUCCACAGCAAGGUGGAUACCCGGGUUAUCCACCUCAGGGUCCGGGGUAUGGAUAUCCGGGAUAUCCACCACAGGGUCCGUAUGGUUACCCGCAACAGCAAGCAGCUUAUGGUAAACCGCAGAAACCGAAGAAGCAUGGAGGAGCUGGAAUGGGUCUAGGACUUGGGCUUGGAGCUGGAUUAUUGGGUGGGUUGCUUGUUGGUGAAGCUAUUGAUGACAUUGCUGAUAUGGGUGACAUGGGUGGCGACUUUGACUUCUGA